AUGUGGAGUAACAGACAGACAGUGUGUGUAUCCCUCCGCGCUGUUGUUUUGUCUCUGCGUUAGAUAAACUAGUCCCGGUGUGAGGGUGUGUUCGCUCUUUGUGAGAUCUGAUAAUUGGAUUAAUCAGACAGAUAUCGGACACGCAGAUGUCUCUGGUGGAUUUAGGGAAGAAGCUGCUGGAGGCGGCUCGAUCCGGUCUCGACGAUGAAGUUCGGAUCCUGAUGGCUAACGGGGCUCCGUUCACUACAGACUGGUUAGGAACGUCCCCGCUGCACCUCUCGGCCCAGUACGGUCACUACUCCACCACCGAGGUGCUCCUGCGAGCCGGCGUGAGUCGAGACGCCCGGACCAAGGUGGACCGGACGCCCCUGCACAUGGCCGCCUCGGAGGGACACGCCCCCAUCGUGGAGGUGCUGCUGCAGCACGGUGCGGAUGUGAACGCUAAGGACAUGUUGAAGAUGACCGCUCUGCACUGGGCGGUGGAACACGGCCACGCCGACGUGGUGGAGCUGCUGCUGAGGUUCGGCGCCGACGUUCACACGCAGAGCAAGUUCGGUAAAACGCCGCUGGACAUCGCCCUCGACAACGGCAACGAGGAGCUGUCCGAGGUCCUGCAGGUGGCCAUGCAGAAUCAGAUCAACACAAACCCCGAGAGUCCGGACAUGCUGACCAUACACACGGCGUCACCUCAGUUCAUCAUCGGUCCAGGGGGCGUGGUUAACCUCACCGGCAUCAUCUCACCUGCUAACACUGCUAAACCUACAGUAAUGGCUACAGAGGAGGUGGUGGCGGCAGACUCGGUCGAUGGGGCAAUCCAGCAGGUCAUGACCUCUGGAGGUCAGCAGGUCAUUACCAUAGUAACGGAUGGCAUUCAGCUGGGUAACCUACAGGGAGGUGGAGCCAUCAGCCAGCCCAUAAUACUCACCAUGCCUGAUGGGCAGCAAGUAUUAACAGUCCCAGCCACAGACGUAGUGGAGGAGACGGUGGUGAGUGAUGAACCGUCGCUGAAGAGAGUCAGGUUAGAGGAACAGGAAGUAGAGGAGGCAGAGAAGAACCCUGCCAUGCCCACACACCAAACCAAGGAGAAGGUGGCGCUGUUGAAGCAGUUGGAGGAAGCGAACAGAGAAGCUCAGAAGUACAGACAGCAGUUCCUGAAGAAGGAGCAGGAGGCCGAGGCUUACCGCCAAAAACUGGAGGCCAUGACACGCCAGGGGGUCCAGAAAUCCACCUGAUACCACACACACACCCAGAGACUUUUACAUACUCGUGUUUUUAUAUUUUCAGAUGGACUGUUACUCUCACAACAGUGUGAAUGUGUGUGUGUGUGUGAGUGUGUGUGUGUGUGUGAGAGAGAGAGAGAGUGUGUGUGUGUGUGUGUGUGUGUGUGUGUGUGUGUGUGUGUGUGUGUGUGUUAGAACCCUGAUUCUGUAUCACUACACACUGCAGUGGUUUGGGAGAAUCUUUAUAAUAAACAUGCUGCACCAUACACCGGGGUCUGUACGGGGUACAAGGUUACACACUAUAGGGUCAUAGAGUACUGGGGGUAUAUAGUUUUGAGGGGGUAUACAUUAUGGGGGGUAUAUA